GACCAUCUAUGAAAAACUGGCCAAUGCUUUCACAGAGGAACAAGCUGUGCUGUAUAACCAGCUUGUGGAAGAGAUCUCACCCAACAUUCGCUACUGUGCCUAUAACAUUGGUGACCAGUCUGCUAUGAAUGAGUUGAUGCAGAUGAGACUGAGGUCUGGUGGCACUGAAGGUCUUCUUGCAGAAAAACUGGAGGCGCUGAUAACUCAAACCCGAGCAAAGCAGGCUGCCACGAUGAGCGAGGUGGAGUGGAGAGGAAGAACUGUUCCAGUGAAGAUAGACAAAGUGAGGAUCUUCUUGCUGGGGCUGGCGGACAACGAAGCAGCGAUUGCUCAGGCAGAAAAUGAGGAGACGAAGGAACGUUUGUUUGAAUCUUUACUCAGCGAGUGCAGAGAUGCCAUUCAGGCUGUUCGGGAAGAUCUGAAACCAGACCAGAAGCAGCGGGAACACUCUCUGGAAAAUGACUCUGGGAAGGUGUCCAACAUCCAGUACUUACACAGUUAUUUGACUUACAUCAAACUGUCAACAGCCAUCAAGCGCAAUGAGAGCAUGGCAAAGUCUCUGCAGAAGGCACUGCUGCAGCAGCAGCGGUCAGAGGAGGAUGGCAAGCGCGCAGCACGGCCUCAGGACCUGAUCCGUCUUUACGAUAUCAUUUUGCAGAACCUCGUGGAACUGACGCAGCUUCCUGGCCUAGAAGAGGACAAGAACUUCCAAAAAGAGAUUGGAUUGAAGACACUUGUGUACAAAGCUUACAGGUGUUUCUUCAUUGCACAGUCCUAUGUCCUGGUAAAGAAAUGGAGUGAAGCUCUUGUUUUAUAUGAGAGAGUGCUGAAAUACGCCCGCGAAGUUCAGUCAGGAGCUGGAGCUUAUACGAACAGCUUGAAGGAGCUUCCUGAUGUUCAGGAUCUGAUCACUCAAGUCAAUGCAGAGAAAUACUCCUUGCAAGCAGCAGCUAUAUUAGAUGCAAAUGAUACUCAUGAGACUGAGUCUCCAUCUCAGGUCAAGGAUGGCAAGCCACUCUCAGAACGGUUUGAGACUUUCUGUCUGGAUCCUUCUCUUGUCAGCAAGCAAGUCAGCCUCGUGCACUUCCCUCCAGGCUUCCAGCCCAUUCCAUGCAAACCCCUGUUCUUUGACCUGGCCCUUAAUCAUGUUGCUUUCCCACCUCUGGAGGACAAGGUGGAGCAGAAGGCCAAGAGUGGCCUCACAGGAUAUAUAAAGGGCAUCUUUGGAUUCAAAAGUUAACCAGGACCCCCUGAGGAACAGAGGUUUUAUUCUGUAUUGAAGGAAAAGCUCCAGGAGGUUCUAGGACACAAAUAUCUGCACCUGAAACUGAAAGAGGGAAGUUUGACCAUCUUCUUCCCUGUGUUCUGUGUAUUUGUCUGUGCACUUACCUUCUCUCCCAGUGUAUUAAAGACAAACAAUCUAUUCAGAAACAUACGAACACUAUAAAUAGCUGAAAAUAAUCUGGAGCACAGAGAAAUUCCAUACUGCUUGGAGAAGGUGAAACUUGCUUUAUGACCAGUGACCUGUUCAGGGCUGGUACACAUCUACUUACCAUGGACCAGGGCAUAGAUAUAAUUUGAUUCAUCCCUCUGUCUCAUUAUUUG